AUGGGCCUCGACGAGGAGAAGCAGGCUUCCGAGUCUAGAGAACCGUCCAUUGUGACAUCCUCAACUGCCAAUGGCACAGAUGCGCCGGACGUUAACGAGGGGGAUGCGAAUAAAGAUCAGGAAAAGGGUGUGAGCGAGGCAGAAAAGCCCAUCGAAUACCCGAAAGGCUUGGAGAUGUUCUUCAUCAUGCUAGCGCUCGUGCUUAGUAUCACUCUCUGCUCUCUCGACCAGACCAUCGUCGCAACAGCUGUACCUAAGAUUACCGACCAGUUCGGCCGGUUGCAAGACAUCUCGUGGUACGGCUCAGCAUACUUCCUUACCCUCGGGGCCUUCCAGUCACUGUGGGGUAAGAUCUACAAGUUCUUUCCUCUGAAAAUAAGCUUCUUGGUGUCUCUCCUCAUCUUCGAACUUGGGAGUUUGAUCAGCGCUGUCGCUCGUAACUCGACGACUGUGAUUGUUGGACGUUCUAUCGCUGGGUUAGGCGCCUCAGGUAUCGCACCUGGCGUGUACACAAUUCCUGCCUUUAUUGCUGAGCCCGAGAAAAGAGCUACAUACACUGGUUUCAUCGGGUUGUCGUAUGGUAUUGCUGCUGUUGCCGGUCCACUCAUCGGUGGGGGACUGACAGAUGGGGCGAGCUGGAGAUGGUGCUUCUACAUCAAUUUGCCCAUUGGUGGCCUGGCUGUUCUCGUCAUUCUUCUCACCUUCAAGACCCCAGCAGGGGUCAAGGUCGUCGAUGCUACACUCAAGGAGAAGCUUUUACAGAUGGACUUUAUAGGCACAGCGCUCGUGAUGGGUGCAUCUUUGUCUUUACUUCUGGCUCUUCAAUAUGGUGGUGUGACCCAUGCCUGGAACUCUAGUGUCGUCAUCGGCUUACUGGUCGGCUUCGUUCUUAUGGUUACCGCACUGAUUGGGGUAGAAUUCUGGCUGGGAGAGCGCGCAAUGUUGACCCCAAGACUAAUUCGCCAAAGGACAGUUUGGGUCAACGCUGUAUGGGGCUUCUUCUUUGCUGGUUCAUACUUCAUCACGCUUUACUAUUUGCCUAUCUACUUCCAGAGCAUCGAUAAUCAGAGUCCGAUAGGCUCGGGUGUACGAAACAUUCCCCUUAUCGCGUUGUUCAGCGUUGCGACAUUUGCGUCUGGCAAAGCUAUCACAAAGACGGGCACUGCAGCUCCAUAUCUGGUGGUUAGUUCAGUGAUCGUCACUAUUGCAUCCGGCCUGUUCUAUACUCUUGACAUUGGGACCUCAACGGGAAAAUGGGUGGGAUAUCAGAUCUUGGCGGGCUUCGGAUACGGUAUUGGUCUCCAGGUUCCUAUUGUCAUUUCGCAGGCGUUUGCUGCGCCCAGUGACAUGGCUCCCGUGACUUCGAUCAUCAUAUUUGCCCGAACCCUCGGUGGAACAUUCUUGAUCACGGCUGCGCAAUCUGGCUUCAUCAACCAGAUCAUUCACAAGCUGUCCAGUACUGCACCGACCAUCGAUCCCGCCUCAGUGACGGAAACUGGUGCCACUACUCUGCGCCAGAAUUUCUCCGGUGCCGAGUUGGAUGGUAUACUGCAUGCUUAUGCAUGGGGCAUCAAAGUUGCUUUUGCGAUUACUAUUGCGGCUUGUGGCAUGACAGUCAUUACGAGCUUAUUUACCAAGUGGACGAAUAUCCACGUCAAGAAACAGAGCUCAUAG